AUGUAAACCAGGUUGAAGGUGAGUCCUACAGUCAGGGACUUUUUACUUCUCUACAUUUAUCUGAUAACUUCAGUUACUUUAAAAACACAAAAUGUAAUAAACUAAUACAUUAAGAUAUAUUAUUACAGAUUAAACUACGCUGCAGCGAAUAAAGUAAUUAAAAUGAGCUCAUAAAUAAUUACAAACAGUAAAUAUAUUAUGUUACACAAUGAGUAUUUUAUGUAUUUUAAUAAUUUCUGUACUGUUAAAGAACAUUUCUGCCUGCAGGACUUCUUUGCUCCUGAACAGCAGGCAGGUGACAGGUGAGCUGCUGGACUCGCUGCUCGCUCAGGGACCAAUCAGCUGGCUUGAGAAGUUGACUGACUCCGCUGAGAGCCAAUGAGCGUGCAGCUCAGCCUGCAGCGGCUCUAUAAGCAGCCCGGCGCUCCUCCCGCAGCUCAGUGAGGCUCCUCUCUCCGUGUCUCAGUGAUGCUGUUUGUUCUCAUGUGAAGCUGCAGCGACCGCCAGGAGACAUGAGACCCGGCAGCCCGGUGCCGUCUGCGGGCAGGAGGAGGAGGAGGAGGAGGAGGAGCAGCGGCGGCGCCCUGAGCCGGAGCCGCCGGAGCCCCCGGAGCCUGCGCUGCUCUCUGCGGGGCUCCUACCGGAACAAGAGCCCGGCGGCGGCGGAGGAGGACGAGCCGCGUGUUCCGGAGCUCCUGCUGCAGGACAUGAAUCUGUGUUACCGGCUGCUGCGGCAGCUGGUUCCCGGUCUGCCGCCCGGACGGGCCACCAGCCGGGUGGAGAUCCUGCAGCACGUCAUUGACUACAUCCUGGACCUGCAGACCGAGCUGGACGCCUCCAGCCCGGCGGGGGACCGCGGAGAGCCGCUCCACCGGGACCGGAUCCAGCAGCGGCCACAGAGCGGAGAGAGCUCCGGGACCAGCAGCCACACCUGCCAGUCCAGCGAGUUCCCCAAAACAGACGAGGGUGCAUUGACAGGGUGAGUAACCGCCUUCACUUUCCAGCAGGGAAACAACAGACUUUUAUUAACGGACUCACUGUGACCUACUCUGUACGUUUACUGUCAGGCUGAUAACUUUCUCGCUCGCUCUGUUUGUUGCCCACCUGUCAGGUAGAUGAAUAGGUGUCAGUGACACUGGGGAUCCUGGGAACAUGUUAACACCACUUUCUGAAGUAGCUGAUUUUUUUUUUUCCCCAUCAGUUUUUUUAAAACCAUCAUUUGUUGAAAAUGUUGCCAAGUAUCUGCACCAGGGCAGAGGCCUGUUACAGCUGGGCUGACUGACAUACUCUGGUGCUUUCUAUACACUUUGUUUCACUGAAAUGUUUCAGGUGUGGAUGUGAUGGAUGACUGUGUGGUCGACACUGUCAGCUCUGUAGGCGUCUGCUUUGCCCUUUUGAUGAACCAAUAUGAACAUUUUUCAUGACCUGCUUU